CGAAAACAAGUUCUCAGGAAUCUGUCAUUCAGAUGACUGUACAAUCAGUGAAUCCACCUUGAAAAAUUACAUACUUAUUUUAUUGUGUUGUGGUUAAAAAGUAACAGGGUCAAAAUGACGGCCCAAGUUCAAGCACUGUAUGACUUCACUGGGGACCCCGGGACCACUGAAAUGUCAAUUACGUCUGGAGAAAUACUAACACUAAUUAACACGGAUAUUGGUGAAGGUUGGUGGGAGGGCAGGAAUGCUAAAGGCGAAACGGGUCUAUUCCCUGCUGCUUAUGUAAGAAAACUCACUCCUGAAGAACUGGAACACACAAGUACAGCCCCGACACAUGCAGCGCCAGCAGCUCCAAGAUAUGACCAAGCUGCUGAUGAUUGGGGGGAUCAGCAGUACAGUGCUGGUGACAACAACUACCACAGAGGAACAUCACAAGAAGAUGGAUGGGAGGAUGAUUGGGAUGAUGAGACAUAUUCAGAAAUUGGUCCUGCACAACAUAAAUCACACCACAGCCAGCAUCCUCAACCAGUAGCCUUGCCAGGAAUGCCUAUAAAUGAUAUGAAUAAUCUUGAUGAUGGAGCAUCCAAUUAUGGCUCCUCUGUUGGAACUGUUAGGCGAAAUAAAUUUGCUCCCUCUUCUAAAGUCACUGGUGAAAGUUACCUACUUGGCACUUUAAAUAUUGAGGUACCAGAUCAUGAUAAAGUUUACAUUGUACAAAAUGAAGAGGGUUAUGUAUGGUCACCUCUACCAAAUCCAUACUCAGUAACUGUAGCCUCACCGAAAAAAGAAUCAAAAUUUAAAGGUAUUAAAAGUUUUAUUGCAUACCAAUUGACACCUUCAUUUAAUAAUAUUCAAGUUUCUAGAAGAUACAAACAUUUUGAUUGGCUACAUGAGAGAUUACAAGAGAAGUUCACUUUAAUUCCUAUCCCACCAUUGCCAGACAAACAAAUUUCAGGGCGAUAUGAUGAGCAGUUGAUUGAACGCAGGCGAGUCCAACUUCAAGAAUUUGUGGACUGGAUGUGUCGGCAUCCAGUACUAUCCAAGAGCGAGGUCUGGCAACACUUUCUGACUUGUACUGAUGAAAAAAAAUGGAAGGCAGGCAAGCGACAGGCUGAGCGGGAUCCUUUGCUGAGCCUAAAUUAUUGUAUAUCACUAGUUGUACCUGAGAAAGCUUUACUACAAACACAAGUGGAUAGCAUCACAGAACAGUGCCACACAUUUGUAGCCAGUAUGGACUCAUCUGUGAAGUCUGUAUCUAAUAUGUGCUUAGCACAAACAAAAAGAUUCCAAGGACCUUACAAAAUGGACUGUCAGAAGGUUGGUGAGGCCCUCUACAGUUUAGGCAAUGCCCUCAGUCUGGAUGAAGGGACAGUGAUUUCCACAUCAAAAUUAACUUCAGCCAUAAAAAUGACAGGUGGUGCUUACAUAGAGAUUGGAAGAAUGUAUGAUGACCAGCCAAAAUAUGACUGGGAACCUUUGGGUGACAAAUUCCAUUUAUACAAAGGCAUUAUCGGAUCAUUUCCUGAUGUACUAGCAAAUCACAAGGGAGCUGUUCAAAAGAAGCGGGAAUGUGAAAGAUUGACAGGGGAGCACAAAAUGGAAAUAGCGCAGCUGAAUGAAGUCUUAAGAAGGACUGAUGUUAUAUCUUAUGCACUUCUUGCCGAAGUAAACCACUUUAAAUCUGAAAGAACAACAGACUUGAAGGCCACUAUGCAAAAAUUCCUAAGGCAGCAAAUUACAUUUUAUAAAAAAAUUGUAGAAAAAUUGGAAAUAACACUGCAACAGUAUGAUGAUUAAUUUAUUAUAUAUGACUCAAGGAAGAGUUUUGAGACAAUUAAUAUUAUACAAUGGAAUAAACCAUUAUUGUAUACUGGUCUAAAUUAUGAAAUAAUUUGUUUUGUAGAUUAUCAAAUAAUUAAGUACCAAUCCAAAGGAUUGCACAUUUGGUUUGAUUUGAUCUAUGAAUAUGAAAUGUAUUCACUUUGUGAUGAAAUUAUGGACUGACUGUAUAUUAUACAUUAAUAAAUUGUGGUACACAUUAUCUUUUAUAAACUAAAGUAUUCUGUAUAUAUAUUUGCAUAGAAUCUUCAAUAGAUAAUUACUUAUUUUUGAUCAAUUAUAUACACAAUAUUCUAAUUGUACUAACUGUGGAUCAAUUAUUUUGACAUUUUGUUGUUUAAUUUUAGAUUAAGUAUUGUAUUAUAUAUUCCACUUUUAUAAGGUAUUUUAUAGGGCCUGCU